AUGUUGAAGCAAUGCUGUCGUCGCCAUAACAUACGUCAUUCCAGAUCGGUAUCAACUGCAAUUACAUUCACUGCAUUAGAUAGAUCCCCAGGAAUACCGUUAUCACAUACUGAACCAUUACGUAUUGGAAAACUACGAGUCCCUUUACUCAAGAGUCCUUCGCAUUUAGGUCAUGUCACGAGUCGAGUCAAUCGAUUAUAUAAUGAAGAUAAGUACUCAGCACAUGUACUUAAUAUUCAUGACCGAGUCUUGUUUAAUUUCAAUGUGUUUGAUGGACAUGGUGGAGAUUGUUGUUCGAAAUAUUUGGCAGAAAAUUUAUCACAAGAAAUAGAACUGGCCGAUGGACUAGCUGGUACUAGCUAUAAAGAUGGGAGUCAGACCGAAGUAAUGUUGAAGAAUUAUGCAAAGAAUAUUGGUGGAUAUUGGAGACGAUGGUAUAAAUCCCGGGAAGCAAAUCUUGAAAGCUAUCAUGCCAAUAAAAUAACCCUAUCAAAACUCCCCAACCAACUAGUGAAAGAUGAUUUAUGUUGGAGAAUCCCGCUAAGUUUCUUACAGACCGAUUAUCAUUUCAUGGAAGCCAAUGAACAAGAUCAAUCAGGAUCGACUUGCACCUCAGCCCUAAUUGAAACCAUAUAUUCCCAACCAGGGGUAUUUCAACCCUAUUAUGAAAACUACUUCUUCAAUCGUCAUACCAUAUCCCGUCUUACCAUCGCUCAAGUUGGAGACACGCGUGCCAUCUUGGUUGAUAAAAAUGGACUUGCAAAUGCACUUACAGAAGAUCAUCAUCCACUGAAUCCACUUGAAGCGGAACGAUUACGGAAAUAUGCCAUGAAUAUGAUCAUGACUGAUUCCUUCGGCGAACAGCGGUUUAUCGCCUUGGCAAACACACGAUCAUUUGGAGAUGUCCAAUAUAAGGAAGUUGGGGUGACUGCAGAACCUGAUAUAAGACAAUAUAUAAUUGGAGAUCUGAAAAAGAUAAAACAAUUUUUGACACGAGAUGAAAUCAAUAAAUAUACCAUUGGUGGCUUGGGUGGAGAUGAAGGGUUUUUGAUCUUAUGUAGUGAUGGGGUGAGUAAUAUGUUAACCGAUCAAGAAAUUGCUGAUAUUAUCAUGACACAUUUUGAUAUGAAGGGACAUACGGUAGCUACUCCCCAGAGUUGUGCUCAGGAAGUGAUUAAGUUUGUGGAAUAUGUAGGUGGGGAUGAUAAUGCUACGUGUAUGGUUGUGAGGUUGAAUGGAUGGGGGAUGUGGCCUACUGUUGAUAGGACGGGUGAGUUAAGACAAGCAAGAUUAGUCGAUUAUAACCCAAGAGGAAGAGCAGGUUAA